AUGGUGCUAUUAAAAGCUACUCCGGGCAUCAUCUCUGCGAUCGAAGCUCUCCCUUUAUCCCUACGCGAGGAGCUUUCUCUCCUUGAAACCCCUGAAUUAAAGGCGCCUAUAUCUCAUAGCCAGUUGAUAUUAAUCGCACGGAGUUUUUCAUCUCAUCCCUUCAAAUCGAACGAGGCCAGUGGAAAGGAUAACGCCCAAGCAACAAUCGCUGGGGAAGGCAGCAAGCAUACGUUGAACCACCUACUUCGCGGAACAGCGCUCUAUAUUCCUCCUCCGCCGCCGAAACCUGCACCAAGCCCAGAAUACCUUGCUCUUAAAGCCAAAUUGCUGGUGGAAGCAGAACAAAACCAAUACAACAACCUGCUUCAUCCACUCUCCCCAUCCGAAUCGAAGCGACAGCCAUCCGCAAUAUUCGCGUCCCCCUCGGGCCGUGUACACAAUGGUGCUAAACAGCCCGUAUUUAUGGAGAAGGAAGAGUCAGAUCCAAUCACUCCCUCUCUGGUGCUAAACAUACUCGUCUCUAUACUCUUCACUGGAUUUGCUACGUACUGGGGCCUCUCUAAUUUUCGAAUACCCAAACUAUCUACCCUAUCGCCCUGGGCAACACGCCCUAGCUCUGCAACUAGCGACCCUCAUGCCCAUUAUUACUAUCCCCACGCACCUUCAUCUCAACCAUUUCGAGUGUUCGUUGCUCUUUUUGCUGGAAUAUUGGUCGGGGUUGCCGAAGUGGUUGUUUAUGCAUCUUAUCUGCGAAAGGUAGCAAAUGCGAAAGCGAAGGAGAAGGCGAAGGUAGAAAAGAAGGUGUUCAUCGGGCUGGUUGAAGAUCCGCAUUAUGAUAAGGAUCAAGAACCUGCAGAAGGACCUGUAUCUGUUUCGUUGAAAGAUGGCAAGAAAGAAGAGAUCUGGGGAAAAGGCACAAAUGGUGGAGCCCGAAGAAGAGUCCGCGAGAGAUGGAGGGAGAACGAAAAUAAGUUGGGAAAUGAAUAA